AAAAAGAAAACAGAGAUGCCACCACCCUGUUUUACUUUUCUGAAGUUGCUGAUUUUGCCUGUAUGUUCAUUAUCAUCAUCUUUUUUUUAAUCAGAGUUCAUUUUCACAAACUAACCCUCUCGUUUUUGUUUGUUUUUUUUCUUUUCUCUUUUCUUCUCCGGUUUCCCUUCUCGUUAUGGUAGACUGAUCCUUGGUUAUCAUUGCAGAACUAUGGCGGCGGAAUGAGACCUCCACCCAACUCUCUAGGGCCUGGCAUGCCUGGGAUUAACAUGGGUCCAGGAGCUGGUCGACCAUGGCCCAAUCCUAACAGCGCUAACUCAAUUCCAUAUUCUUCUUCAUCACCUGGUACAUACGUGGGGCCCCCUGGUGGUGGAGGUCCUCCUGGAACACCCAUCAUGCCAAGCCCUGCAGAUUCGACAAAUUCAAGUGACAACAUCUACACAAUGAUUAAUCCCGUACCGCCUGGAGGCAGUCGGUCGAAUUUCCCAAUGGGGCCUGGAUCAGAUGGCCCAAUGGGAGGCAUGGGCGGGAUGGAGCCCCAUCACAUGAAUGGAUCAUUAGGGUCAGGAGACAUAGAUGGACUUCCAAAAAAUUCUCCAAACAACAUAAGUGGCAUUAGCAAUCCUCCAGGCACUCCACGAGAUGAUGGCGAACUGGGAGGCAACUUCCUCCAUUCCUUCCAAAAUGACAACUAUUCUCCCAGCAUGACGAUGAGUGUGUGAUUUUCCUCCUCCCUCACCCCGCAUCCUCUUCUCCAAGAUAAAGAAAGUCGGCUGCCAUUUGGAGGAUUCUCAAGACAUUAUGCAAGAAGAGAAGCUAGGUGUGUUUGGCAGGGAGACAUGCAGAGCCGGGGACCCACCCCUGAUUUUUAGUUUCAUGCAAUAAAAAGGCUGAACUUUUUAUUCCAUAAAACAAUGAAGGACAAAUCUUAAAAUAUUUCAAGACAUGACAAGAUCCUUCUUCUGCAGAAGGAUUUAUUCUAUGUACAUGACACUUUUUUUGUUGUUGAUUUUUUGGAAGCAAACAAAACCCUCUAGCACCCAAUUCAACCUCCUUUGCUUGAUUAUUCUUUUAAACCUGUUGUAUGUUUGUGCUGUGCUACGCAAGGAAGCUAGUCUAGAUAUGAAAUCUCAUGUUGUCUCUGUAGCCAUUGAAAAAAAUUAAUAAAACUGGACAGUUUUUAUAAAUCGGAGGGUUUUGUUCAGAAGACCUUUCUCCAAUGCCCACUCUCUGCCCCCUUCCUUCCCCCUUCUUUUUGUUUGGUUUUUCUGUUUGGUGUUUUGCAGCACAACACCUUCUCCAGCAAAAAGCGAUCUAUAUGGGAACGAUUUUCUCUGCCUCAUUCCAAUGCAGCUGGUCCCCUCGUAGGAUCACAUCCUCCAAAAAUUUAAUUGUGAUCUUGAUAUCUGUGACUGUGGCAUGCACUGUAUUAGCCCCCCCUCCCCAAGUUAAACAGAAAUUUUAUUCAUUGCCCUUUUGAGAAACUUUAAAAGUGUCAAAAUUCCAGGGAAUGGGGUAUGGAGGGUUAGGGUACUUUGGAUUUUUUAAAUGUUAUGUUGGGGAGGGGUCAGUACACCAGAAAUAAAAGGAAAUAGGGUUUAAAACUUGACCUGGGACUCGAAAACUGUGAGCGCAAACUUCUUAACAUGUUUGGUUUUGCUUUCUUUUUCGUUUUUGAUUUUUUUUAAUGAAAUGAUGUGAUCUUAUUAGGGUUUCACUGUAUAUGCUCUGGAACUGGAUGGAGAUAUUUUUAAGUAAUUAUUGUUGUUAAAAUGUAUACUUGCUAUUCUGUAGGCUCUCUCUAUUUCUCUCCCCCCUCUCCCUUUCUCUCUGUAAUUAAACACAACAACAAAAAAACCCUUACCUUCUCAAGGUAGAGUUGACUACAGAAAAGCAUACCAUGUAUAGUGAAACUCGCAAGUCUUGGGAUCUCUGUACAUUACACUCCCUUGUAGCUGGUCUUUGUUUUAUAUAAAAUGAAAAAAAACCCUUCACUUCUGAUCUAUGUAUUUCAUAUUAUGUAAAAUAUUAUCUUCCCCUGGAUUUACCUACCUUUGUGCGGAUUCUUGAGAACAUUGUAUCUUGUUUCAGUGUUUUUUCUUACCUUGUAGUCUGGUUCUAAAAUUAAGCAAGGGGAAAGGAAAAGUAAUUAUUAUACAUUGUAGUUUGUGUACGAUAUUUGUUGAUAAUGUUUUAUUAAAGGGAUGUCUUUUCCGCACCCCUUAAUGAAAUGAUUUUUUGGGGGGGAAACAUUCGCUUGUUUUUAUUAUUCUGACUGCAAACAGCAAAAAAACCCCUCACAAACCAUGUGAUUGAUAAAACUUUUUUUAGUACUACAAUAUGAAUUUUUUUAAAAGUUUGCCUUUUUCUUAGGCAUUUUAAUUGUUUUCUUUGUAGAAAGAUGAUGGGGGUGGGUAAAUGGUCUGUCUCACAGUCAGGAUAAUAUUUAAAGAAAAAAUAAACCAUCAAACCAUUUGUCACAUUGGUAAAUGCACCCUUUCUAAUUUUUUAAAUUGAAUACUGACGGGUUUCAUUGUACUAAAGUGAUAGCUAAAUUAUUGUCUUCAUUGGUUCAAGAUGGUUUUUACAAGAUGAAGCAAGACUCCUUCCCACCCUCCCCAUGCUGUAAUAAACAUUUGAUUCCGGUC